AAUGCCAUAAAUAUAAAAAAAAAUUGCGAUGAAAAACAUGAAACAAAAAAAUCCGUGAAAACGCUCCCGUAUUUGUAUAUCUUUGUGCAAUAUUGCUUCCCGAAACGAGCGUAUGUGAACAAUCUCAAUGUAAAGCUGGUUGUUAAACAAUUCUUCCUUGUAAAGUAAGAAUAUUUGUGCCGUCCAUAAUUAAUCUGAACUGCUGUUCGACGGUUCUCACAGCAGCAUCGGUGUGAAAGAAAUAGGGCAGCGUAAUCCAGAACGGGAAUACAGGAAUUUGCUUGCAUUCCUCCAGUGUCCCCUUGGAAAAGCAACUUUUAACUGUGUGCUUCCGUAAUACCGUGACAAGAUGCGUAGCAGAACGGAAAUGGUAACCACCACCCUGGAAGGUUCCGAUUUUGACGAGGAGACGGAUUUCGAAGACUCCGAGGAAGACUGGCGACCGGAAAAGGGUGAUCCGAAAGCGAUGAAGCGCAAAACACGUGACAUACUGACCGGCAUGGUCGGUGGAAAGCGUGGCGGUCGCAGUAAUAGCAGCAAGCGGGGCCGCAAACCCGCCGCCAAGGGCCGUGGCGCUGGAAGAAAACGCAACUCCGAAGACUAUGAUGAUGACGACGACGACGAUGACGACGAUGAUGAUGAUGAUGAUAGUCGGUUCGAUAGUGAGGGUAGUGGCAGCUCCACUCCACCGGUACCGAAACGGGGUCGAAAGUCCGGCGCCACAGCGCAGCGUGUGUACGGGCGCAAAGGCAACAGCAGCAAGACAUCACCGUCCACAUCGAAGGGGGGCUCGAUGGGCCGGAUGAAGCAGAGUCCCAGCUCGGAGCAGUCGGUUAGACCGAUCCAGCGCAAGGUCGUCAAUACGGCGAGCAGUUUUCCGGACAAGAGCGGCUACCUGAAGCUGUUCGUUAGCCGGGCAGACCUGGAGGAAGGCAUACGGGACAACCUGAAGGUGUGUCUGUGGCGUCGGGACGGUUCCAGCUUGCUGCAGAAAUACUUUCGAGAUAAAUCGGUCGACGCAAACACACCACAGUUCACCUCCUCGAUGGUGUAUUCCUGCUGGGAGGAUAAACGUGCCGAUGAGUAUAUGGAGGUGAAGGUGCGCUGCAUCGAACAGACGAAACAGUUGCGCGUACAGAUCAUCGAUGUGGAAGCGACCGAGAUCAGGGCGAAGGAAGAGUACCAGAAGUACAUGGAGCAGUAUGGCAAAUCGAGCGAUUCGAGCCAGGGCAGUGAUCGAUCGAACGGCGGAAGGAAUCGUUCGCGAUCGGGUGCCGGCGGCAAGAAGGCCAAUCGCAACACGGGAGAAGACACGGAUGAGCGUGACGAGGCGAACGACCAGGAGGAGGAAGAGUACGACGAAGCGGACGAGGAAGAAGAAGGAAGUGAAAUUCCUUCGCAGGAAGAAUGAGAUUCGGCUGGUGGGGGAGGGGAUUCGGCAUAAGAAGUAGGGGAAAACCCGGGUGCUAAUGACAGCCGCCUUCCCCACCAGAAAACGGACACGUGUGACACACCGCAUAUACUAAUUUAUAUUAUUUCGUACGCGUUUUCCUCGUACGCUGCUGCAGCUCCGUCUCUGACGACUGAGGCAGGUCUUGAGACUUGAGACGAAUUGUAUCUUCUUCCUUCGGCACGAAUGUUCUCGGCAGCCAGACAGAAGAAAAGAAUGCGACAUUCGACCGAACAUACAAUCCUGUUAGCUUGUAAUUGUAUUAGGAAAAAACGCGUCAACACGUAUUCUAUUAAAACAAAACGAACAAUACUUGCACACACUUACACGCUAGCAAAGUAAGAUAGUAAGGCGACGGAUACUCGUGUAAAUCUUCACACAUUUUAAAUGUUAAUGUUUAUGGGUGCCCCGCGGCAGUGUACCGCGCGUAUUGUAGUAGUAAUAGGUACACACUUGACUGAACUUCUUGAGCAUGAACUUUCGUAAUUUAGUACUUUAUAGUAGCCCCCUUCCCACAACAUCAUGACACGCGGUUUGCAGGCAGGCUUUGCAAUGGCGACAGCCAGUUAAGGGUUAAGGGCCGCCGGAUGUUUGCCAAACGAAAGAUCGAUUUAAUGAAGAAAAAACACACACAUUGAAUAAUCAUCUGCACUUAUAGGCUGGAUAAGGACGGAAACGGAAAUGAGGGAGCGACUGAAGACGAACUCGUAGUGCAAUGUAUCUCGUCCCCCCACUCUCUGUCACUCGCACGAUUAAUGAAAUUAUUAAAAAUAAACGCGAUUCAUUGUUUUAAAUGGAACUAUCAAUGGAAAAUGACGGAGAUUCGUUUG